AUGGUGAGUACCACCGACAAGGUGGAGAUGAAGAAGAUGAAGAAGAUGAAGGAGAUGAAGAAGAUGAAGAAGAUGAAGGAGAUGAAGAAGAUGAAGAAGAUGAAGAAGAUGAAGAAGAUGAAGAAGAUGAAGAAGAUGAAGAAGAUGAAGAAGAUGAAGAAGAUGAAGAAGAUGAAGAAGAUGAAGAAGAGGAGAAGAUGA